AUGAAAGAUGUGCUAAGCCAUCGCGGCUGGGUGCAUGUUAUUGUCGGUGGAGGCGAUGGCACUGUCAUGUGGGUUGUUGAAGAAGCUCACAAUCACAAGAUCAACACCGAGAACAUGCACAUUGGCAUGCUGCCAUUGGGAACAGGAAACGACUUCUCGCAAUCGCUGGGCUGGGGGGGGCGGAAUCCCGAUCCUGAUGUCUUGAUAAGAGAUGACUGCGCCGUGUUGAAGUCGAUGGUGACCGAUUGGGUUGGGGCUUCAUCUUCAAAAAAUGAUGUUUGGACCGUGACGCUGAAGGUUGAUGAUGAGGACGGUGUCAUCUACAAAAAGAAUCACCCACUGAGAGAAGGAGAACACGAUAUCAAGGAGCUCAAGACAUCCAUGUUGCUGUAUUGUGGAAUUGCGAAAGAUGCAGAGCUUGCGUACAACGUGGAGCUCCACCGAACGAAGAGCCAAUGCUUGAAUAAACUCGUUUAUAUAUGGCAAGGCAUCCUCAUUUCCUUGCACUUCUUUUGCUGCGUCGGGCAACGGGUACACAGAGUGCUUAGAGGUCUUUACCAUGGCACAAAUACACAGGCUCCUGCAAUUUUUGAGGUAGGUCUUCGCCACAGAGGGCCAAGGUUGUAUAGCAACCCUGAAAUGCUACUGUGCCUCAACAUAAACUCUUAUGCCGGUGGUGCUGCGCGUGAUUUGUGGAGCAGCUCUUGGAGAUGUGGUACUUCGCAGCCACUUUGCGCAGACCUCUUGGACGCGGAGCAAAAUCCGGGAGAUGGGCAAUUGGAAGUACUGACUCUGUCGAGGCUACUUCGGGCUGCUAUGCCAACGCACAGGGUCCUUGGUGGCAGACGCGUUUUCCAGGGUGCACCCUUGCACUUCGAAUUCAAGCAGCGCAAUUAUCGGGAUGUCGAAACAUUUUUUCAGGUCGAUGGCGAAAGUUACAAGCUCAAGAACCCGAUCUCACUGACGAUCGAGCAUCGACAGCAGAUUCGAGUCCUUUCGAAGGCCACGCUCUGCUUGUUGGUUCCUUUAAUUAUGGGAUCCUUAAGGGGGCCCCCUAUACGGGGGACCCAUAAUUAA